GACACACUCUCAACCAAACCUACCUCACAAGGCUGUUGUGAGGAUAAAACGGAGGACAGGAUAACAAUGCAGCUUUGAGUCCCCCACUGGAAAGAAGACUAGGAACAGCUGUCUGAUGACAAGUCACAGAGCCAAUUAAUGGUAGUCUGAGAUGUCUUCCUGUUGGAAAAAAUCAAAUGUGGUGGCUGGUUUUGCUAUAAUUAUCAUCAUGUCAGUAAUAACUCUUUCCUACUUCGAGAAAAUAAAUUUCGUUUCCAUGUUGGUGCAUGAAAUGAACAUCUUUUCCACGCCAAUACCAAAUACUACUGUCUGCAAAGGGAUUCCUGCCCAUAACACCAUCACACCCUUGAAAGAUAGUCGAACCUUCAUAAUCGCUCCAUACUUUGACAACAGAAAGAACAAAAUGACACGAGUGAUUUCAAUAGUCCACCACAAAGACGUCAAGGAACUUUACUGCUGGUUCUGCAACUCAUCCAGUGGAGAAAUAUACAUCUCCAAGGCUGAAAUAGAUGUCCAUUCUGAUAGAUUUGACUUCCCUUACGGUGCCACGGACUUGAAAUGUCUGGAACCAAAAGACUGGGAACCACGUUUCGUGUCAAUACAUUGGUCUCCUAAAGGAGAUAUUGACCAGCUACCACUUUUUGAAAUAAGAAACCGUGAUCCUGAAGGUUCCCUCGUGGACUUCACAGUCUGCAUCUCCACCAUGUUUGGAGAGUACAACAACGUCCUGCAGUUUGUGCAGAGCAUGGAGAUGUAUAAAAUCCUUGGGGUGGGCAGAGUGGUGAUCUACAAGAACAGCUGCAGCCCACUGAUGCAGAAAGUGCUGGAUUACUAUAUUGCAGAAGGGAUUGUCGAGAUAAUCCCCUGGCCCAUUGAUUCCUACCUCAAGGUCUCUUCUUAUUGGCAUCAUUCAAUGGAUCCCAAGGACAUUGGCUACUAUGGACAAAUUACAGCCUUAAAUGACUGUGUGUAUCGCAACAUGUACAGGAGCAGAUAUGUGCUGCUAAAUGACAUGGAUGAAAUAAUUCUACCAGGGAAGUAUUCAGAUUGGAAAACCAUGAUGCAGAAUCUUCAGGAGCAACAUCCAGAUGCUGGUGCUUUCCUCUUUGAGAAUCACAUCUUCCCCAAAACUGUAUUUACACCCACUGACAUGUUCAACAUCUCCUCUUGGAGCACAGUUCCUGGAGUUAAUAUACUGAGUCACGUUGUUCGGGAACCUGACAGGAAAAACGUCUUCAAUCCUCGGAAAAUUAUCAUUGAUCCAAAUAAAGUGGUUCAGACGUCCGUCCACUCUGUUCUCCAGAUGUAUGGGAAUAGCAUUGAGGUCCCGAUGGAUGUUGCUCUUAUCUAUCAUUGCCGGGUUCCUCAACAAGUAGAUCUUCCUCGAGAAUCACUCAUUAAGGACACAACACUCUGGAGAUACAAUGUGUCGCUCAUUGGGAAUGUCAACAAAGUUAUCCAGCAAAUAGCUGUGUAAGCAAGGGUAUAAAGCUGAGGGGAGACUCAGAUACUACAGAAGGAUGAUCAGUGCUGAAUGGACUCAUGCAAACAGUCUAUGCCUUUUUAAAAAUGUAGGUUGCACAACAAUAACAUACUGAGGCAUGUAGGAGACUGUGCCAUGAGGUGGUUGAUUUGGGGGGUUAGAGGUUAAAAAGAGGUCAACUCAGGUCAGUUUGGACUUGUCUAAGUCACUAUUGCAUAGACAAUGAGCAAAGUUAUUUAUUUCCACAUUUUAAAAUUGUCUGAUUUAUCACAGUGUUUUUACAUCGGGCCUCAGGAAUUAACCGAUUUAACCUAAAGCAGGAACAAAAGAGUCUGUGUACUUACCUGAAGAUGGCUUUGACUACUUUAGCUUUCCAUCUGCAUACAAGAGAUGCCCAGCGCCACUUAGUAAAAUAGAAAAGCAGCUUUGGAAGAGGGAAGUUAGCAGCUAAGCACAGAAGGA